CGCUGCCAGGAGAAUAAAAUGCUCUCCCCUCCCCCACACAUACCUCGUCACCCCUCACAAACGCUCAACUGCAGAAGAGAGAGAUCACCUCGACAGGAGGAGGUAGAGAGAGAGAGAGGUGGUUGGUAGUACGAGAGCGUACUAAUCAGUCCUUGGACUCCACACCGAAGUUCUGUCUGAAGCGAGAGCAGAAGCAACGAGGCAUAGCAUAGGCAAGACGUGUCGGGAGGAGGAGGAAGACGAAGAGGCGAGGAGCAGUGCCGUCGCCAUUCUUGGUUUCAUGGUUUGGUUGCUGUUAUGAGGUGUUGGAUUAGAUGAGAGGAAUGCCCUUUGCUGGUAGCGCACGACAGGGGGACGCGGGGACAUUGCUGCUACUGCAACAACAACAGGGGCUCACCGCCGGCAAGGUCUCCGGUACCGGCGGCCUGUGGGAGCCCACCUCGGUGCUCGACCACCGGCACAGCCCCAGCCCGAGCCCGCCCACCUCGACUUCCACGCUGUCGUCGCCCCUGGGUGCCGCGACCGCCGGCGUGGCGGCCCUCGCCGGUGCUAACGCCAAGAACGUCUCCCCGCCGCCGGUGGCGGCGGCAUGGCCGGGGGGAGCGGCCGGGGAGGAGGCCGCGGGGGUGGGGAAGGAGGAGUGGCAGCUCACGCCGCUUGACAUAGGCCUUGGCGCCGGCGAAGCUUGGGACACUGCUGGAGCCGUUCUGUCCGACGCCGCGGCGCCGCCAGGGCUCGCCCCCGAUCACACCUUCCUCCGGUGGAUCAUUGGCAGCGAGGACGCGUCCGCGGCCAUGGGGGGCGUCAUGGACCCGCCGGUCCUUGAGCUCGACCACGCCCCCUCCAUGAUGUUUCCAGCGUUCGGGCCCAAUCUGUCGUUCGCGCCGGCCAUGGAGGACACAAAACCGGCGCCUUUCGGCCACGCGCCAAACUUCCAGUUCCAUCAUCAUCAGCACCAUCCCCAGCCACACGCGGCGUUCUUCGGCUCGCACCCGUCCUUCGACGCGGCGCCGCCGCUGUCGAAGCAGCACCAUCCGAUGGCCGGCGCGCCGGCGCCAAAGCUGUCUUCUUUCCCUGGCCCCGUGGCUGCGGCGUGCGGAUUCGUGUCCGCCCUGAAGCCCAAGCCGGAGGCAGCUCACGACGAGGCGGCCACUGCGGUGGACCAGCUCGCCCAGGCGGCCAAGCUUGCCGAGGCCGGCGACGCCUUCGGCGCCCGCGAGAUAUUGGCGCGGCUCAAUUAUCGGCUCCCCGCCGCUCCCACGGCCGGGACGCCACAGCUCCGCUCAGUCUUCUACUUCAAGGAGGCUUUGCGCCUUGCGCUAUCCCCAACCGGCGAGGCCCCCGCGCCGCCGGCGUCCACGCCUUACGACGUGGUCCUCAAGCUCGGCGCGUACAAGGCCUUCUCCGAGGUCUCCCCUGUGCUCCAGUUCGCGCACCUCACCUGCGUGCAGGCGGUGAUCGACGAGCUCGGUGGCGCCGGCUGCAUCCACGUCCUCGACUUCGACAUCGGCAUGGGCGAGCAGUGGGCCUCGCUGAUGCAAGAGCUCGCGCAGCGCCGCCCCGCGACGGCGCUCAAGGUCACCGCAUUGGUGUCGCCAGCGUCGCACUACCCGCUCGAGCUGCAGCUCAUCCACGAGAACCUUUCCGGCUUCGCCGACGAGCUCGGCGUCUUUUUUCAGUUCGCGGUCUUCAACAUCGACACCCUAGACCCCGCGGAGCUGGUUGCCAUUGCCAGUGGCGACGCCGUCGCCGUCCAUCUUCCCGUCGGCUCGGCCCACGUGGCCGCAAUGCCAGCCAUCCUCCGCCUCGUCAAGCGGCUCGGCGCAAAGGUGGUCGUCUCCGUCGACCACGGCUGCGAGCGCACGGAGCUGCCCUUCGCUGCGCACCUGUUCCAGGCGUUCCAGUCCUGCGUGUCCCUUCUCGACUCCAUCGACGCCGUGGGCGCGGACGCCGACACGGUCGCCAAGAUCGGGCGGUUCCUGGUCCAGCCAGGCGUCGAGCAGCGCGUGCUCGGGCGUCACCGCGCGGGCAUGGACAAGCCGCUGCCGUGGCGGGCCGUGUUCGCGUCGGCCGGGUUCGUGCCGGUGCAGGCCAGCACCUUCGCCGAGUCGCAGGCCGAGUCGCUCAUCAAGAAGGUGCGCCUGAUGGGGUUCCGCGUCGAGAAGCGCGGCGGCGCGCUCUGCCUCUACUGGCAGCGCGGCGAGCUCGUCUCCGUGUCGGCAUGGCGGUGCUGACCACCGCCACGGCGUCGCCGUCCCGCCGAACGUGAAUCUACCACCAGCCCGGUUUAGCUAGGACUAAUGAUCCUACUACAAGCAAAAAAUAUUUUCCCUGUCGUCGUUGUAAUGGUCUGAUCCGAUCUGAUCACCUGCUCAUUAGUGUCCUAAAUCGGAGUACGUUAUCUGUCGCCUGGCUUGCAGCCGGUCGCUCUGCUCGGUUGAUUAGCAGAGUGGAUUGCGUUUAGUAGGUUGUAAAGGUAAUUGUGGUGCAGUUAACCAGUGCAUUCUACCACCCGUAUUGCUACUCUAUUGCUGUGAAAUCAAUGGUUAUGGCGUUUGAAA